UCUAAAUCUCACGUGCGAAUCACUAAUAUAUUUAUAGGGGAAACUCGCCAGCUCUGUGAUUGUGCUAAGAAGCUGAUAAGUUCUUUUGAUAAAAAAAGGAGAAGGACCUUCAUAGUCGGAUUGUUUCGAUUACCAAGGGUUUUCCAGAGUUUAUUGGUUAUCGUCAUGCCGUACCUUGUCCGUGAAAACCUAUUCAUUGGCAAUAUUGGGGACGCGGCAGAAGUUCUCCAAAAUGGUAGCAGCGAGAUCACUCGUAUUUUGUCAAUGCUUAGUUCCGCAUCCAUCUCAAUCUUCUCAGAAUGGCGAAGUGGCCUCACAAUUCCCACAAAGGAGAUAAAAAUGCAUUAUGUUGGUGCCUCAGAAACUGAGGAUGAUUCAGCUUCAGAGGAUGAAUCGACUGAAUUGUCAAGUAGCGCCAUGUCGCCAGGGAAGGUUUUGUAUUCGUUGGAAUAUGCAGGCAAGGACUUGAAGGUGGUGAGGAUGGCAGUGCCUAUGAGAGAUAUGGAGAGUGAGAAUUUGUUGGACCACUUGGACGUGUGCUUGAAUUUCAUUGAUGAAAGUAGAAAAAAGGGAUCCGUUUUGGUGCACUGUUUUGCUGGCGUGUCAAGAAGCGCAGCUAUCAUUACAGCAUAUCUGAUGAGAAGUGAACAUCUUUCUCGAGAAGAUGCUCUACUAUCUCUGCGGCAAAGCUGUGAGUUUGUUUGCCCAAAUGAUGGUUUUCUAGAUCAGCUUAAAAUGUUUGAGGAAAUGGGUUUCAAAGUGGAUCGUGCUUGCUCCAUAUACAAGCGAUUCCGCCUUAAAGUAUUGGGUGAGUGCUAUAACCGUGGAGAGAGAAUAGACAGCUCCAAACUAGGUGCGGAUCCUGGUUUGCCUAGAGAGGCUUCUUCAGAUGUAGAAGUACCUAGAGAUUCAGAAAAUAGUAGUAGAUCUGCAUACCGCUGCAAGAAAUGCCGGAGAGUAGUUGCGUUGCAGGACAAUGUUGUGGAUCACGUUCCGGGUGAGGGUGAGGCAUCCUUCAACUGGCACAAGCGAAAAAGUGGCAACCCUUUCAAUAACUCCGAGGAGCCGGAAUGUUCUUCAAUCUUUGUGGAGCCUUUACAGUGGAUGACAGCAGUUGAAGAAGGUGCAUUGGAAGGCAAACUCUCAUGUGCUCAUUGUGAUGGUCGCUUGGGUUACUUUAAUUGGUCGGGCAUUCAAUGCAGUUGUGGGAGCUGGAUCACGCCAGCAUUUCAACUCCACAAAAGCCGAGUGGAUACAAGCACUGUCUAAAGAUUUGUCAUGUGUACAACACUCUUCUUUUGUUCCCCUACUAUGAAAGUAUUCGAUCUCUGUUUAUUCCUUUCGAGAUGGCAUUCCACAAGUUUGUGAGAUACUCAAAUGCCAAGCCUACCCGCCACACUCUGGAAAUUGAGUGUGUGACGACGGCCAGCGUGGAAACUUUAAUUUUUUUUUCUUUUCCUUAAAAAAAAUUCUAUGAUGAAUUUGAGGUUUUUCUUCUAAUGGAGAAUCAGGAGCCUGAAUAAGUGCACCUUAUUAUAUGAUAGGGUCAAUGGUUGAAUGUUGUGUUCUCAAGGAAAUUCGCCACACAAGUCCUUGUACAAAAUGUGUUACCCUUUUCUUGUUGCCGUGAAUAAAACUAUUAUGGCACAGAACAGAACAUUCUGUUACGAAUGAAAUCCCAAAUAUUUGUGAAAAUUAAUUUUAAUUUGAAAACAAAUUGUUGUUGCACUUUA